AUGAAGGCUUCCACCCCUCUCGUCUCUGCAGCUCUUGCGGUUGGUGUUGCUGCAGACCGCACGUUCACCGUUUACAAUGGAUGUCCCUUCACCAUUUGGUGGUUAUUCACUGACCUGAAUGCGGGGAGUGCCGUGCCUAACUAUCAAACUGGAUGGGAAGCUGCCGCCUACACCUCGGUUUCAUUCUCCGUUCCGGACAACUGGACGGCUGGCCGUAUUUGGGGACGCCGGGACUGUGACUUCUCGGAUACCAACCCUGCCACGCAAUGUGCUGACGGCGGCUGCAACGGGGGUUUAGAAUGCGACCCAAACACUGGCACGGGUGUCCCGCCAGCCACCCUAGCUGAAUUCACCCUUGGAGGAACCAGUGGCAAUCCAGACUACUACGACGUGUCCCUCGUGGAUGGCUACAAUCUGCCCGUGAGCAUCACCAACAAUGUCAACUGCGGCGUUGCCGACUGCCCCGUCGACCUCGGCCCAGACUGUCCUUCCGCGCUUAUCGGCCCCUACGAUUCGACCGGCUUCCCUGUAGGAUGCAAAAGUGCAUGCGAGGCCGACCUCGACGGUGAUCCGACCAACUCGCCCAAUUGCUGCACGGGCGACUACGACACCGCCGCAACGUGCCCGUCGUCGGGCGUCGAGUACUACUCCUACUUCAAGGAUAAUUGCCCGAACUCAUACUGUUAUGCAUACGACGAGAGCAGCGGCACGGCGCUUUGGACCUGCGACGCAAGCCUGGAGGCCGAUUAUACCAUCACAUUCUGCCCACCGUCAUCGUGAAACCGUCGCACAUUGUCGGCGCGGUUUUGACGUCGCUACGAGCACGAAUCACGAUCGUAUCUGCCAAGGCCAUAUUGUAUUUUUGGAACGGAUAAGACGGCUGUAUGAUACGCGCGAUGUCUAGCAACAAAUGAUUAUCUUGGCAUGUC